AUGGAGAAUUUGGAGCCUCACAGGCAUACGCGACUUCAAUCUCCUCGAUUGAUCCGUAUCCUUAAGCUUCUCCCUUCAAUAAAGCAAAAUGCUCCAAUUAAGUGUCGUCUUACAGAACUUAACAUCGAUAAAUAUGUAUCUCACGGCUAUAAAACUCCAGGACCUUAUGAAGCUCUCUCGUACGUUUGGGGCUCGAGAAGUGGUUCAAUACUCAUCGAUUGUAACGGCAAGUCUCUUCUCGUGACAGAAAACUGUCACACUGCUCUAGUCCGUCUACGACGUCGGUUAUGGAGACGAACUCUCUGGAUUGAUUCUAUUUGUAUCGACCAGGAGGAAAGUAAACCAUCGGAAGAAGAGCGUGUUGUACAAAUACAACUCAUGGGUGAGGUUUAUCGCAUAGCCCGUUGUGUCAUAGUUUGGCUGGGACAAUGCUCAGUCUCGACGAGGAAAACUUUGAUGAUACUACAGGCAGCCGCAAUAUUGAAACUGUCUGGUGAGAGAAUACCAGAUUUUUUUUUGGAAACAUGGAGAGAAGAUAUUUUAAGGAAACUCGUCGACCAACUACGAGAUAAUACAACAUUCUAUCAGAGCUGGAUUGAAUUGCAGAAUAAUUCAUGGUUUUCUCGCUGUUGGACCAUUCAAGAAGUGGCCUUUUCUAGAAAAUGCGUUGUCAACUGGGGAUCAUCCUCUAUUCGGUGGAAACUCUUGCCUAUUGGUGUAUAUGAUAUUGAAUCUCGAAUAGUUUCACUAUCUGGCAUCAAUAGCGGUUUUUUCCCGGCUAUUGAUGUUCGGGAAGAAUUGAGACGGUUCAUAAAUUCACAAGGUGCCGAAUCAUCUCCUAUGAUGAGACGAGUCCAAUUUUCACAAGAUAACUCAUCCCAUUCAACUUUUCAAUUGAUCGAACUGCAAAAUUCUUUCCCAGGAUCUUUCGAUAUGGAAAUGAGUCUCCUAUCAUCGGCAUUAGAGCAUGAUGCAACAGUCCCCCAUGACAAAAUAUAUUCCAUAUACCCAUUACUUCGAUUUUGGAAUCCGGAUCUCCCCCGAGUCAAUUACGAUCAACCCUUCGAAAUGUUAUGCGAGGAAUUGACUAGAUGUUGGUUUCACUCAAAACAAAAUCUUAACAUCAUUCUUCUAGCUGCUCGACUGCCUAGUAAAGAAUCACGUCUGCCGUCUUGGGUACCGGAUUGGGGAAACCGACAGUCAGCGCUUGACUAUAGACUGACUAUUCAUAAAAAUGGGGUUGGAAACUCUCGGGGGCAAUCUCACCCGCUUAGCCGUGCCUCAAAUGGGUCUUCGCUAAAUGAAUCCCCUAAAACAAUAACCGGAGAACUUCAUCUACAUGGUCUGAGUGUGGGUCUCAUUUCGCGUGUGCUUGUUUGCAAUACUCCUAAUAAUUUAUCUUCAAAACAAUCAGUACCUGAGAAUUUUAGGGUCUUUAGAACUUGGUGUUGUGCUGUCAACGAUUCAUCUAUCUACUCUACACGCAAGGAAUUACAGCACUCAUUGGGUGCUACAAUCUUUACCUAUAGUUCUAAUGUUUAUUGGAAAGAUUCAGGACUCGGGGUGGUACUUAGGCUUCUAUAUGACUUGAUGCUUUAUCCGGAUUGUCAGCUGUUAAAUUCAGCACAGGCUAAAAAAGCUUAUGAACUUUUUCUGGAGGUGGAAGCUGGAGAUGAAACUUAUUUUAAGGCUCUUGGUGAGCUGGCCACUUCCUUGGGCACCUCUUUGAUUGACAAUCAGAGUCCCGACUUGGAUGACUUAUUUUUUGGUAUUUAUAAACAAUCUCCUACUAAGACUCGCGUUUUCGAACGCAUCAAAUUAGCAGUUUCAACACUCUCAACUAGACUCACCGAACUACAGAAUCACUCUCUCUUGUUUCUUGACAGCUGCUACGGUUCAGCUGCCUACACAGCACAACAAGACGACGAAGUUUAUUUACUGAAAGGACUAGACGUACCAGUCGUCUUAAGACCUGCUGGUGAGAAUUACUCAUUUAUUGGUCCUUGUUCGUACAUAUAUGGAGUUACGGAAGGUCAAAGGUGGCCGGAAGAUGAAUCUGAGCUGCGGGAUAUUGUUCUUGUUUAG